AUGGCCGCGCAGUGCUGCUGCCGCAAGGCGCCCGGCACCGAGGCCGCGCCCGCCCGACCGCCUCCCGAGCCACCACCCGCCCUGGACGUGGCCUCGGCCUCCAGCGCGCAGCUCUUCCGCCUCCGCCACCUGCAGCUGGGCCUGGAGCUGCGGCCCGAGGCGCGCGAACUGGCCGGCUGCCUGGUGCUCGAGCUGUGCGCGCUGCGGCCCGCGCCCCGCGCGCUCGUGCUCGACGCGCACCCGGCCCUGCGCCUGCACUCGGCCGCCUUCCGUCGCGCCCCCGCCGCCUCCGAGACGCCUUGCGCUUUCGCCUUCCCCGCCCUCGGGCCAGGACCCGCGCCACCGCCCCCGCUGCCAGCCUUCCCUGAGGCGCCGGGCGCCGAGCCUGCCUGCUGCCCGCUGGCCUUCAGGCUAGACCCGUUUACCGACUACGGCUCCUCACUCACGGUCACGCUGCCGCCUGAGCUGCAGGCGCACCAGCCCUUCCAAGUCAUCCUGCGCUACACCUCGACCGACGCCCCCGCCAUCUGGUGGCUGGAGCCUGAGCUGACCUACGGCUGUGCCAAGCCCUUUGUCUUCACCCAGGGCCACUCCGUGUGCAACCGCUCCUUCUUCCCGUGCUUCGACACGCCUGCCGUGAAGAGCACCUACUCAGCUGUUGUCAAGGCCCCCUCAGGGGUGCAGGUGCUGAUGAGCGCCACCCAGAGUGCCUACGUGGAGGAGGAGGGCAUCUUCCGCUUCCACAUGGAGCACCCCGUGCCCGCCUACCUCGUGGCCCUGGUGGCCGGAGACCUCAAGCCAGCAGACAUCGGGCCCAGGAGCCGAGUGUGGGCUGAGCCAUGCCUCCUACCCACGGCCACCAGCAAGCUGUCAGGUGUGGUGGAGCAGUGGCUGAGUGCAGCUGAGCGGCUAUACGGGCCCUACAUGUGGGGCAGGUAUGACAUUGUCUUCCUGCCGCCAUCGUUCCCCAUUGUGGCCAUGGAGAACCCCUGCCUCACUUUCAUCAUCUCCUCCAUCUUGGAGAGCGACGAGUUCCUUGUCAUCGACGUCAUCCAUGAGGUGGCCCACAGCUGGUUCGGCAACGCGGUCACUAACGCCACAUGGGAGGAGAUGUGGUUGAGUGAGGGCCUAGCCACCUACGCCCAGCGUCGCAUCACCACCGAGACCUAUGGUGCUGCUUUUACCUGUCUGGAGACAGCCUUCCGCCUGGAUGCCCUGCACAGGCAGAUGAAGCUUCUCGGAGAAGACAGCCCAGUCAGCAAGUUGCAGGUCAAGCUUGAGCCAGGAGUGAAUCCCAGCCACCUGAUGAACCUGUUCACCUACGAGAAGGGCUACUGCUUUGUGUACUACCUGUCACAGCUCUGCGGAGACCCACAGCGCUUUGAUGACUUCCUCCGAGCCUACGUGGAGAAGUACAAGUUCAGCAGUGUGGUGGCCCAGGACCUGCUGGACUCCUUCUUGAGCUUCUUCCCAGAGCUGAAGGAGCAAAGUGUGGACUGCCGGGCAGGGCUGGAGUUUGAGCGCUGGCUCAAUGCAACGGGCCCACCACUGGCCGAGCCAGACCUGUCUCAGGGAUCUAGCCUGACGCGACCGGUUGAGGCCCUCUUCCAGAUGUGGACCGCAGAGCCCCUGGACCAGGCAGCUGCCUCGGCCAGUGCCAUUGACAUCUCCAAGUGGAGGACCUUCCAAACGGCUCUCUUCCUGGACCGGCUCCUGGAUGGGUCCCCACUGCCACAGGAGGUGGUGACAAGCCUGUCCAAGUGCUACUCGUCCCUGCUGGACUCCAUGAACGCCGAGAUCCGCAUCCGCUGGCUGCAGAUCGUGGUCCGCAACGACUACUACCCUGACCUGCACCGCGUGCGGCGCUUCCUGGAGAGCCAGAUGUCCCGCAUGUACACCAUCCCACUGUAUGAGGACCUCUGCACCGGCGCCCUCAAGUCCUUCGCUCUGGAGGUCUUCUACCAGACACAGGGCCGGCUACACCCCAACUUGCGCAGGACCAUCCAGCAGAUCCUGUCCCAGGGCCUGGGCCCUAGCACUGAGCCCAGUGCAGAGUCAAGGACAGAGCCCAGCACGGAGCAGGCCAGGGCUGGAGUGGACACGGAUGCAGAUGUGGACUCAGGCUCACCAGCCCUGCUGCUAGGGGAUGAGGCCCCUGGCAGCGCCAUCUCUCUCAGGGACGUCAACGUGUCUGCCUAGCCCUGUUGGGCUGACCCUCGACCCCCCAGACACCAUGAUUGUGCCUUCUGUGGUCCGGGCUUGCCUUGACUGUGCCUCAGCUCUGGCCAUGAGCUCUGCCCGGCCCAUGAGCCCCUCCCGUGGGCUCUCCCAGGCUGGGAGUGUGGGGAGAGGGGCCUCUUUGUGUCUAGCAGAGGCCCAUGUUCCUUGGCCCACUCCCCACCCAGCUCUCUUGCACUGCAGGCUCGGAGCUGGCCCGCACACGCCACGCCUCCAGUCUUCACACUGACAGCCAUGCCUAGCCCCAGAUGCCAGUACCUGGCAGGUGCUGCCCCUGGGGGCAGUGACCCCCACAGCCCAAAAGUGGCUACCACACUGUGCCUUACAUGUGCCGGAAGGCCUAGGCUAUGCCAUCCCUGCAGCAUGUCUCCUGGUAGGGCCCUGAGCUACCCCUCCCCACAGAGCCCUGCACCCUGACCCUGGGGCUGACAGCCUCAGUUGGCCCCUGGCAGAGACAAGGACACAGACAUUCCCUCAGUGUGAGAGCAGGGGUCACAGGGAGAGGAAGGAUGUCCCUGGAGAGGGCCCCCCAUCUCACAGAAUACCUUAGCCCCUCAGAGAAAGUGGGGCCUUGGGACCUGGCGGGGGAGGUGUGGCUUCCUUGGGUGGGGGACACACAGCACAGCAAUACCCAGGGACAGGUGGAGGUGGUGCUGGUGCUCAUCAGGCACCUGCUGGGAGAGGUGGCCAGGGCCAGGGUCUCCAGCCUGGGACUGCUGUGAUGGGACACCAUGGGGAUUGUCCCAUUAAACUUCUGCUCAGCAAG